GAAAAUGGACUCGUCCGACGCGCGCUUUUCCCCACUCGCCAAAACGACAAAAUGUUGGUUGGUGUUGGGUAGAAACAGCUGUAGCGUAGCACGUAUACGUAGAUUGGAUUUACUGUGAUAUGUGCGAGAAAUGGUCGAUUUGACAUUCUAGCCCAAGUUUGUUGAAAUCGAACGGCAUUUAAAAUAUCGAAAAUUUAGUUAAAAGUUUCUGUAUGGUCGAUUUAUUUUGUUACCGGUUGAUGUUUUUUCGUUAUAGUGUUCUUCCUGUGUGUUUUGAUCGAUAUCCGUAUUACACAAUUCUUAGAAAACGUGUGAUUUUGUUCUAAUACUUAUUACAAAUGGCUGGUCAUUAGGACGCAUUUUUUCAAGACAAUGAAUAAUAAAAAAGAUGGAAUUAUUUCGCCGGCCGAAAAGAACCGGUAACCCAAAAUGGACGUUGUUGUUUGUUUUAUUUGUCGGAAUAUCAGCGACACACACUCGUCACGGAAAUGGCGUCUUAAAUCAACGCACUUUCAGAUCAUCGGACUAUUGCAAUCUCAGCAAAAACGACAUCUUACAAUGUCGCAACGGAACUACCAAAAAUUUAACUAUUCCCUUAGACACAGUUCACUUGGAUUUGGAGUACGUGACAGGUGGGCAUUUGGACGUAAAAAACAUCCGCCAUCUGAGAUGGGUAUACAGUUCUCUAAGAGUUAUCAACGACUCCAUCGUCAACCCACAGAACCUAGAAACAUUAGAUCUGUCCUACAACAACAUAACAGUUUUAGUCGAUUACCAAUUUGGGAAUUACGACAAAUUAAUAAAGUUAAAUAUAACUCACAAUUCCGUCAACGAUCUUCCCAGAGACGUCUUCAAAGGUCAUAAAACAAUAGAAAUAUUAUUUUUAUCGAAUAACAAUCUUAAAGCAAUACCUUUUCAAGUAUUUUCUCCAAUAGAAGGACUACGAAUAUUAGAUCUGUCUUAUAACAGACUCGUGACGUUCCUCGAUCAUUUUUUCAGAUUCAACAAAUACAUCGAAGUGCUGUUACUCAAUAACAAUAAUCUCACGAAAAUCACCUCUAACGCUCUAGCCGAUUUGACCGAUCUCAAACGACUCGAUCUAUCUCACAAUUCCAUUCAGUCCGUAUCGAAGGGUUUGUUCGAUUCGCUCGUCAACCUGGAGUACUUAAACUUGGCGAAUAAUCCUUUAGUGAGCAUGGCUAGUGGUACUUUUAGAGGAUUGGUUAAUUUAAAAACUCUAAAUUUAAGCGAUAAUAGAAUAUCUCAAUUGACGUUCGGUUUGCUACACUUUAGUCCGCUUCUAACAUCCCUGACUUUGGAUAAUACACUAAUAGAUGUUAUACACAAUACGGAAUUGUUGGGUGUUCCGAAACUCACUGUUUUAAAUUUAAGAAGAAAUAAGAAACUUAAAGAGAUAGAGACUUUCGUCUUUGCCGAUACUCCUGCUCUGACCGAGCUGGAUAUUAGCGGCAACGAUUUAACGUUCCUACCGCAAUCCAUUGCGAAUUUAACUUAUUUAACUAAGCUAAAUAUUAGCGAUAAUCCGUGGGCGUGCGAUUGUCGCAUGUUUUGGUUCGCCCCUUGGGUGGCUAUAAAAAAGAGCAGUAACGUGACGAUGUCGGAUCUGAGCUGCGGACCCUACGCUUAUCCUAACGACAUGUUACCGACAUUACAACAUCUUAAUUGCACGAUACCCAGAGUAGUAUUUAAAACACCUACUAAACUUUACCGGCUUAAAUCGGAUGCUUUAUUGGAGUGUAGAUACAUUGCUUAUCCACCUCCGUCAAUAACUUGGGUCACGCCCAAACGAGAAGUAUACCAUUGGAAUCCCGAUCCGAGUAUUCCGGAUGCGUUUAAUAAACAUGCGCACGCUCAUGAUCGUUAUAUGACCCCGCUGAGAGUUAUCCCACCUCGCAUUCAGGUGCUCGACAACGGUACCCUUUGGAUAAAAAAUGUUACCAGAGACGAUUGCGGCCGAUAUUACUGUUAUGCCAGUAACCCCAUAGCUAAUUUGACAGAGAAUGUACUGCUCCAUAUUGAUCCCACAGAUUGGAAUCAUGUCAGGAUUAUAUCGUUGGUAGUGGGCACUCUGAGCGCAGCAGGAUUCUUAGUACUAACGCUACUUGUCCAGCUUCUACGCUAUUUGAUGAAUAAGUUCGGAAUGUUCAACAAUUUCUGCAGCUUCUGUAAACGUGAUCGAGUAUCACCAAGAGCAAGACAAAUUUAUGCGAUGCUCGAUAAUAUCGAACAAUAUAAAAGUCAACAACUGGAAAAACUGAAAGAAAAUUAUGCACAACAGGUUCAACGAAUUAAAGACAACUGUGCACAACAAAUGGAAUGGAUUCAGAACAGCUACCAGUCGCAAGCAAAACAUUUGAAGGACUUUAGAGAUAUCGGUACUGCGCAUAUCAGUACGCUGAGAGGCCAAUACUACGAUCAGGUCAAGAAAGUUCGAGACUAUUCAACGUCUCAACUGAACUGGGUGAGGGAAAAUUACGUCUUCCAAAGAAAUAAAAUUCGGAAAUUUAGCACUCAUAAAGUACUACAACUAAGAGAAACUUACAAAUACCAACAACAGACGUUAAAUAAAGUACUCGAAAACCUUCCCAGUUUGUAUUUUGAAAAUUGCAGAGCCGGGACCUGCGGAAGGGCGGAAUCGUUGGUGUUCGAUCCUAAAGAUGUGGAAAACGUAGACUGUUAUAUAAAGAGUAAAAUAGAAAAGCUUGCACGACUGGAUGCGAGUAUCACCGAUAUGACACAGAGCAAGCUCUCCUUAUACUACACCCCAUCGGAGAGAUCGCUAAUGGAAAAAUCACCCACCGAGAUUCCAGCAUCGAUCUACAUCAACUACAUAGAAGAGCCCCCAAGAGGUAUUUUAAUGAUGGAAGAACCCACUACUUCCGGUUGCGCAAUGAACAGAUUCGCAGAGAGUAUCACAUCGGACCACAGUUACGACGGAUUACUUCACCACAAACAUUUUAGAGAACCCGACAGCAAGCCGAGCCCCGCCUUGCCAGUAACUACAGUAGUGCAAACAGUGCAACACGAGACGUCUCUAUAGAUUUUUAAUCAGCUGUGAUAUGAAUGAACCGUCAUUGUGUAGGAGCUGCCUCAUUAGUGCCAACCUAGAAGCUGUCGAGCAUUUAAUUGCCAAAAAAACAAAAAAAAAACUUUAGUUAAUUCUAGUGCAAGUGAUGUUUGUUUUUUUGUAAGUUUAAAAGUGAAUAAAAAUAUUGUGACUAGUCAUUUUAUGUAAAGACUGAGAAUUUUCAUCAAGACAUUUAUUCCUGAAAUCCUACUAUUAAUUUGUACUUAAAAAUUUCCUUCACAACGAUUUUAUUGAGCUAUUAUUAUUACUAUUAUUAUAUUUAAUACAACUGCAAUAUUUCAAUUAGGAUUGUUUCUUAAUCAAAACAGUAGUGAAAAUUUCUUAGGUUAUGCUUCCAGAGAUUAGACCCUUUAAAAUUAAGUAAUGGGAUUUUUUUUAACUUUAUUAGGAUACAUAGGAAUAGAAUGUGACUUGUAAUAAAUAAUUGUUAAUGCAUCUGUUUAUAUUUAGGAAUAAUUUUGUUGGGAUUAUAAUUUUAAUUUGAUAAAUUUCAGUAUAAUAGGUAAAAUCACAUUUUUAAUCGACAAUUUAAAAAUAAUACUCCACUUGCCUUUCAACAUUUCAAACAGUAAACCAAAAAUUUGGAGUCGUACUCUAAUAUGAGGGUUUUAAAAUGAAAUAAGUAAAUAACUAUUUUUUAUUAAAAUCUUUGUUGUAAUUCUCCUAAAUGUGAUUAUAAAUUGUUACAUAGUGUCAUUUAAUUAAUAAAAAUGUAUAAUGAAUAA